CCGCCACAAAAGUCUAUCCUUCCAUGACUUAACUGGACAACUGAAGGCCUUCCGCUUCAUUCUGAUUAUCCUAUUGUCCUUUUAGCCAUACGUUCAGCUUUAACAUCUCAACUGCGACCCACAGGAUGCCUACUCUCGUCGGAAAAGAGGUCGGCCCUACCGGCUAUGGCACUAUGCGAAUGACCUGGCAGGCCCAGCUGCCAAGCCAGGAAGUCUGCUUUGAGACUCUCAACAAGUCCCUGGAGCUCGGAGCCAACUUCUGGAACGGUGGUGAGCUGUAUGGCACACCAGAGUACAACUCCUUGCACCUGCUGAACAAGUAUUUCACCCAAUACCCCGAGAAUGCAGACAAGGUCGUUCUCAGCAUCAAGGGUGGCUUGAAGCCCGGCCAGUUGACUCCGGAUGGCUCGGAAGCGAAUAUCCGUCGCAGCGUUGACGAGAGUCUGCGCUUGUUGGAUGGGAAGAAGAAGCUUGACAUUUUCGAGCUUGCCCGACAGGAUUCUGCUUUCCCCGUUGAGCACACUAUGGAGGUGCUUGCGCAGUACGUGAAGGAGGGCAAGAUUGGUGGCAUUGGUUUGAGUGAAGUGGAUGCGGCGACCAUCCGGAGAGCACACAAGGUUCAUCCCAUUGCCGCCGUCGAGGUAGAGCUGUCGCUCUGGUCCACCGAAAUCCUGGAGAAUGAAAUUGCAAAGACCUGUGCUGAGCUUAAUAUUCCCGUCGUUGCUUACUCGCCUCUUGGCCGCGGUGUCUUGACGGGUGCGGUGACCUCACUGGAGGAUAUUCCCGAGGGUGACAUCCGUCGACACAUGUCGCGCUUCCAAGAGGAGAACUUUCAGCAAAACCUGAAGCUCAUCAACGAGGUCAACAGCCUGGCGUCCCGCAAGAACGUUGCUCCUUCACAGAUUGCCCUGGCCUGGAUUCGCACCCUCAGCAACAAGCCCGGCAUGCCCACUAUUAUCCCGAUUCCCGGCGGUACGACUGUGGACAAAGUGGUUCAGAACAUGACCGGAGUCGACAAGCUCACGGACGAGGAGAUGGCUGAAAUUGAUGCCAUCUUGAAGCAGCACACGGUCGCUGGACCGCGGUAUUAAGAGGGCAGGACCUAUUUCGAUAGAUACUUUGGAGUUUGUUAGCGAGACAACUCUAGCGAUGAAAAUAAUAGCAAUUGAUGGCAUGAUAUGAAAGGGUAUUGCAUAUAUCAGAUCAAGUGUAGAAGAGUCAACAUGCAAUCUCACAAUGCAGAACCCGAGAGAAAUGCACGGAGAUUGUCUGAAUUGCAGAAUUCUUCUUUGCGUUCAUCAUGCAAGGAGGGUAGGUCGUGGGAUAAAGAGGAGAUCGGGG